AUGGCCGACUUACCGAAGACAAAGGAGACAAAAGCCGACCAGACCAAAUUACAAUCCGAGAACGAAGACAACGAUGACGAGCUCAUAACACCUGAGAAGUUUACCCCCGAAGAAGAAACGGCAUCGAAAUACGAGAAUGCCAUUACCAAAUACGAAGAGGCCACUUCGAUAUGUCCGCACUACUUAGACUACGAACUUGCUGUUCUGAAAUCCAACAUUGCUGCAUGCCACAUUAAACUUGACCAAUGGAAGGAAGCAAUAAAAUCCGCCACCGACGCUAUAGAUGGCUUAAGUCGCUUAGAGAAGGCCGAAGCUAGCGAGGAGCAAAAUGCAGAAGAGAAGCAUAAGAACAACGUCGAGAACGAUGGAGUCGAAGAGGAAAUUGUCAGCUCCGGGGCCCAGAAAAGCGCGUCUGUGAUAAAAGAAGAAAGCCCUGCCGAGGUUAUGAGACGGAAACGACAAGAUGAUAUCCUCCGAAUUAGGGCUAAGGCCUUGAUGAGACGAGCCAGGGCAAGAAGUGAGCUAGGUGGCUGGUCAAACCUUGCUGGUGCCGAGGAGGACUACAAGAUCUUAUCGGCGAUGACGAACCUCAGUGGUGCAGAUCGGAAGAUCGUUCAGACUCAGCUGAAGAUUCUGCCGCAAAGAACCAAGGCAGCUCAGGAGAAGGAGAUGUCGGAGAUGUGGGGGAAGUUAAAGGAUCUUGGGAAUGGUAUAUUGAAACCAUUCGGACUCAGCACGGAUAAUUUCCAAAUGGUUAAGGACGAGAAUACCGGCGGCUAUAGCAUGAACUUCUCGCAAAACGGGCCAGGCCAAUAGUCCAAGCUCUGGUAGGUCAACACGUUCAGGUUUGACUCAUGAGCCUACCUUUCUGGCUCUUAGCGUCCGAAGCUGAAGUAGGUAUACCUCAUCUUAGAGGUCUUAGCUGUGGUUGAGAGUAAAUAGUUUCCCGAACGUUGUGUUUCAUUUACCCUUUUUCCCAUACUAUUCCUCUCCCCGAUUAAACGUAGAUACUAUUUUCUUUCGUGGACGGGACUAAAUAUAUUUCCUGUCGCUGAAGUUCUUCGUCUUGACACAGAAGAUCAAGAAAACAUCCAAGAAAAUCAUACAGACGCCAUGAUUACAUCAUGCCCCAUUAUCUAAGUAA